UCUAGUCCCUCUCCAAUGCGCAUCUCCCCAUCAGGGAUCCCGAAGCGUCGCACAGCUCGGAAGCAGCUGUCUAAACGGACAAUUCACGAUGUUCUGGAAGAGAAGAGUGAGGACAAGAAUGGAGAAGCCAACAAGGCUGUCCCUAGGGAGGUGUGGGAUGGCGGCUGGGUAAGGCACGUCAUGUGUGUCUCUUUCCCUAGGGUCCCUUAUCUGGCUGUGGCCCGGACCUUUGAGAAGAUCGAGGAGGUUUCUGCUCGGCUCCGGAUAGUGGAGACGCUGAGCAACUUGCUGCGCUCUGUGGUGGCCCUGUCACCUCCAGACCUCCUCACCAUCCUCUACCUUAGCCUCAACCACCUUGGGCCGCCCCAGCAGGGCCUGGAGCUUGGUGUCGGGGACGGCGUCCUUCUCAAGGCAGUGGCCCAGGCCACAGGUCGGCAGCUCGAGUCUGUCCGGGCUGAGGCAGCCGAAAAGGGCGACGUGGGGCUGGUCGCUGAGAACAGCCGCAGCACCCAGAGACUCAUGCUGCCCCCGCCCGCCCUCACCGCCUCUGGGGUCUUCGCCAAAUUCCAAGACAUUGCCCGGCUCACUGGCAGCGCUUCCACAGCCAAGAAAAUAGACAUCAUCAAAGGCCUGUUUGUUGCCUGCCGCCACUCAGAAGCCCGAUUUAUUGCCAGAGCCCUGAGUGGACGGCUGCGCCUCGGUCUGGCAGAGCAGUCGGUGCUGGCUGCCCUCGCUCAGGCUGUGAGCCUCACACCCCCAGGCCAAGAAUUCCCCCCAGCCAUGGUGGAUGCUGGGAAGGGCAAGACAGCAGAGGCCAGAAAGACGUGGCUGGAGGAGCAAGGCAUGGUCCUGAAGCAGACAUUCUGUGAGGUACCUGACCUGGACCGGAUUGUCCCCGUGCUGCUGGAGCAUGGCCUGGAGCGGCUCCCGGCGCACUGCAGUCUGAGUCCAGGGGUCCCCCUGAAACCAAUGUUGGCUCACCCGACCCGGGGCGUCAGCGAGGUCCUGAAACGCUUUGAGGAGGCAGCUUUCACCUGCGAGUACAAAUACGAUGGGCAGAGGGCACAGAUUCAUGUUUUAGAAGGCGGGGAGGUGAAAGUCUUCAGCAGGAAUCAGGAAGACAAUACUGGAAAGUACCCCGACGUCAUCAGCCGCAUCCCCAAGAUUAAACGUCCGUCAGUCACAUCCUUUAUCCUGGACACUGAAGCCGUGGCUUGGGACCGGGAGAAGAAGCAGAUCCAGCCAUUUCAAGUGCUCACCACCCGCAAACGCAAGGAGGUGGAUGCAGCCGAGAUCCAGGUGCAGGUGUGUUUGUAUGCCUUCGACCUCAUCUACCUCAAUGGAGAGUCUCUGGUACGUGAGCCCCUUUCCCGACGCCGGCAGCUGCUCCGGGAGAACUUCGUGGAAACGGAGGGCGAGUUUGUCUUCGCCACGUCCCUGGACACCAAGGACACAGACCAGAUCGCCGAGUUCUUGGAGCAGUCUGUGAGAGACUCCUGCGAGGGGCUGAUGGUGAAAACCCUGGAUGUCGAUGCCACCUACGAGAUCGCCAAGAGAUCACACAACUGGCUCAAGCUGAAGAAGGACUAUCUGGACGGUGUGGGUGACACCCUUGACCUCGUGGUGAUCGGCGCCUACCUGGGCCGGGGGAAGCGGGCUGGCCGCUAUGGGAGCUUCCUGCUGGCCUCCUAUGAUGAGGAAAGCGAGGAGCUGCAGGCCAUUUGCAAGCUUGGAGCUGGCUUCAGUGACGAGGAGCUGGAGCAGCAUCACCAGAGCCUGCAGGCCCUGGUGCUGCCCACCCCACGCUCCUAUGUCCGGGCAGACGGUGCCGUGGCCCCCGACUACUGGCUGGAGCCCAGCGCCGUGUGGGAGGUCAAGUGUGCUGAUCUCUCCCUCUCCCCCAUCUACCCUGCCGCCCGGGGCCUGGUGGACAGCGAGAAGGGGAUCUCCCUACGCUUCCCUCGGUUUAUUCGCAUCCGUGAAGACAAGAAGCCGGAGGAGGCCACCACCAGUGCCCAGGUGGCCGGACUGUACAGGAAGCAAAGUCAGAUUCAGAACCAGCAGAGUGCUGACUUAGAUUCCGACCUGGAGGAUUUCUACUAGGCCCUGCCCUCUGGGACCGGGCUGGGGGACGCAGGCAUGGCGCCCCCGUGGUUAAGCACAUCUGGUGUGCAGUCACACCACGUGGUGUGUGUGCGCGUGUGUGUGUGUGUGUGUGUUAUGUGUGUGUGGUUCAUUUCAGCCGGGGCCUGGGAUUCACCUGGUUAUUUUUUUCAAUAAAUAAUUAUUGAUCACC